GUCAUGUCAACAUGUCAUUAUUGCGUUUUGUUUAGUGCGAUCUGUGAAAUUCGGAAUUAUUAAAAUAAUUAUAGUAUUCACGUAAAUAAAUAGAUACCCAGUGAUCGUAUUAUUGAAAUAUCUAUCAUCAAAAACGAAUUUUCGUUAUUUUGUAACUUAGUAACAAGCCAACAUGAUCAUUCCAGUCCGUUGUUUUACAUGUGGAAAGGUAAUUGGCAACAAAUGGGAGGCGUACCUUGGACUCUUGCAGGCAGAGUAUACUGAAGGUGACGCUCUGGACGCCCUCGGUUUGAAGAGGUACUGCUGCAGAAGAAUGUUGCUAGGACACGUCGACCUGAUUGAAAAACUACUCAACUACGCUCCCCUUGAGAAAUAAUUCCACCCUUAUUUAAUGUUUAGUUCUUAAGUUAUUUUUAUUGUUAUUCUGAACUUUAUAAGUUUAAAUGUAAUAAAAUUAAUAUUGAUAAGCCA